AUGUCUUUUUCUCUCAGAACCUCGUUCAUCCUGCUGGCGGCGACAUCUGCUGCCGCGGAUCUAUACACCGAGCCAUGCCCGCUGUACGGCCAGAAUUACCCGGCGCCCACGGGCUUGGCCAACAGCAAGCAUGUCGAAGCUGCGGCACAGUCGGUCCUGAACCAGCUCCUCAAAGCCAGGAAUGAAACGACAGCGUAUGGGCCACUUGACACCGAGACCACCGCAUUCUCUGUGGAGUUCUACUCCCUUGAUGACGAGGACGCACUUUUCCGUCACCACUAUACGCCAACCCAACUGCUGAGCCAACGAACAGCCGGCGUCGAGGAGGUCGACUCGGACACCAUCUACCGCGUGGGCAGUGUGUCCAAGCUUUGGACCGUGUACCUGUAUCUUCUAGCAGCAGGCGACACGACCUGGAACGACCCAAUCACCAAGUUUAUCCCUGAGCUCCAGGAAAUAUCCCAGACGCAGCAGCCUGACCCUACGAGCGAUGUCGACUGGGAGUCCAUCACGGUCGGGGCCUUGGCAAGCCACCUCGCUGGCAUCGGCAGGGACCCAACCCACGCAGCAGCCUUGACAAAAGUAUUUGGGGACCUUGGCAUACCCAGCCAGAGCGACAAAUCCAGCUCUUCGUGUGGUGAUCCCACACUGGUCACGCUGCCCUGCAAUCGCUCUCACUUUCCGACACAGCACCCCAUCGUCGCUUCAUACGAGACACCCGUCUACUCCAACAGCGCCUUCCAGAUCCUAAGCUACGCCCUCGAAAACAUCACCGGACAGCCGAUGCACGACCUCUUUAACCAACACCUCGUCGAGCCACUCAAUCUCAAGUCGACAUCAUACCACCUACCAUCCACCCCUGACACGUCCAUAAUCCCGUACAAUACCUCCAUCAGCUGGUGGUUCGCCGACCUUCUCGACCUGACCCCGGCAGGCGGCUAUUUCAGCACCGCAAACGACAUGCGCAAGAUCGGAAAGGCAAUGCUCGGCUCGACCCAGCUCGACCCAUCCGCGACCAGGCGCUGGAUGAAGCCACACUCGUUCCUGUCCAAUCGGGACGCCGCCGCCGGCGCACCGUGGGAGAUCUACCGCGCGCCGGGCGAGCCGACAAUGAUGAUGAUGACCAAGGCUGGCGACCUGGGGAUGUACUCGUCGUACGUGGUGCUGAUACCUGAGCUGAAGUUGGGCUUCACUGUGCUGUCGGCGGGCGAGUCCGCGUCAGAAAACACUCGAAUCUUGGGGGACAUCCUGGUGGACACGUUUGUGCCGGCUGCGCGUUCUGCGGCCAGCGACGAGGUGGCUGAGGUGUAUGCAGGAAGUUUCUCGGAUGGGGCGACAGGGUCGAAUAUUACCCUGGUGGGAAAAGAUACAGAGCCCGGGCUCAGUGUCGAGGAGUGGUCUUUCAGUGGGCAAGACGUGCUGUCGCUGCUUGGGAAGCUCAAAGGCGCCAACAUCACGGCGCGGCUGUACUACUCUGGCCUGGAAAGCGAGACUCCAAACGGGACUGUCAGCGCUUGGAGGGCCGUCUACCAGACUGUGACCAGGGCAGUCGGGCCUGGGCCGUUGUCGCCCAUCUGCGACUCCUGGUUCACUGUAGAUGGACUGGCAUAUGGUGGAGUUGGCUUGGACGAGUUCCUGGUCACGACCGUUGAAGGCAAGGCGACUAGCAUUGAGCCGAGGGUGUUGGGGAUUCCCAUGUCCAGAAUAAAGUAA